UCUGGGGGACAAACAAUGCAAGAGAAUGCCUGCAGCGGCGAAAGUCAAUUGGAGAACGUCUCUGAUUGUUCCCCAGACUCCCCAGACUCAUGUCCACUCUCCUGCAUGGAGCCCUUUGCGGUCCGCAGGCUUUCCUGCCGAACCGUCCAGCUGCCCCCUUUGGCCUUCAGGCAGGCUGAGCAGUACUACUGUGAGAGGAAACCAGAGACCGAGACGGCCCAGCCUCGACCCACCAGCCUCCCUUUGAGAGCACCUCCACUCAUUGCCAUCACCUCCGCAGAUACAAGCAGAUUACUGGUUACAGAUAACAGACCUGCAUCACCCCGCCACCAGUCUGGUGUUGCUAUGUGCUUUGUAGAAGUGUUGCAGUGACUUAAGCAACCUUCACAUAUUGAAUUAACUCUGGUUUCCAUGGUGAGCAGCAACAGUGCUCAUAAUCACCAGAGUGCUUGAUUUAAUUGCAGAUUGAAUCAA